UUCAAAGUUAGAGUGAAGUUUUUUAAUUGAAUUACAUGAUAUAUAUGACAUUUGUAAUCGUGAUUUAAAUCGAAAAACUCGUCUAUUUCUGAAUUUAGAUCUGAAUUUUCUCAUUUCAGACGAGUUUCAAGUAACAACUCUUAAUGAGUCUAGAACAAAAACUGAACGCAGGCUCAAAUUUUACUCCGUCAGUUUCACCACAUAAAUUUCAUAUUACAGUCACGCUUGACGAGAAAUGGCGAUGUACACGGCCGUCGCUUCUCCGUCGAUUCCCAACGAAUCUACUGCGGACACCGAAGAAAAUACCAUAAGCAUAGAUGUGAGGGAAAGUUGUCUGAAAGCAGCAAAACAUGAUCCUUGCCCGUUCAAAUUACGAUGGUCCUUCGGAAUUAAUGUGGAAGUACCGGUGAUAAAUUUAACUUGGGAUAAUUGCACGUUAUUAGCAUAUGCCUGUUCACACGUGACCAUGAUAUACGACUAUAGCUCGAGAACAGUAUCGCCGCUUCAAGGCCACGUCGGUAUACGUUUGAUUUUGCGGCGAAACGUGCUAUUUCCGCACCGCUUUCUGUCCGCAUUGACGAAAGAGGUUUUUGCCUUGUUAUUUAGCAAAAUGCCGUGAAAACAUUGGCGACUACGCGUGACGCUAAGUGGCUGCU